AUGGCCGCCCCAAGAGAACCUAAGAAGAGAACCACUAGAAAGAAGAAGGACCCAAAUGCCCCUAAGAGGGCUUUGUCCGCCUACAUGUUUUUCGCUAACGAAAACAGAGAUAUUGUUCGUUCUGAAAAUCCAGAUAUCACGUUUGGACAGGUCGGUAAGAAAUUGGGUGAGAAGUGGAAGGCUUUGACGCCAGAGGAAAAGCAGCCUUAUGAGGCCAAGGCUCAAGCUGAUAAGAAGAGAUACGAAUCCGAAAAAGAAUUGUAUAACGCCACUUUGGCUUAG